AAAUGCAACGAAUCAUUUAGCCUUCAAACGCUGCGUUUCAGUCGAUCUCUGAGUUUAAGCUUCAGAGUACACCGAUCACUGCACAAAAGCAUCCAACUUCUCGUUACACAAAAGCAUUCAAUCAUCCUUAGACGAUCGAUCUCUGUGUUCAAGUCCCAUGCAUGGAUUCAGGAAUUGAAGUUGUUGAAGAAAGAUUGAACUCUUUCACUGGUCAGCUCCAAUCUGAGUGUGCCAUUCUUGAAAGAAUUGUAUACAAGAACAAGAAUCAACACCGUAGAUGCUCCUACUUUCAAUACCUUCUAAAGGUGAGGAGGGACUUGAAACUCCUGCAAUCAGCUAACUUGGAAGAGCUUUUGAGUUCAUGCUUUCAAGUUAUCCAUGGAAAGAAACCCCAACAAAAGGUCCAUCUUUUAGAAAGUUUAAAGAAGAGAAAAGGCGAUGGUGGUAAAUAUAAUUUUAUGGAGCGGCUUCUGGGAGCUGCACGUUUACUAUCUGAAAUGGUGGAACCGAUGUUGAAGGCAGCUAUUGAGAUAUCUACUUUGCUUGCUCGGUCAUUUUUCAUGGGAUUCUCUCUAACAAUCUUGGCUCUUCUUGCUCGCCUUCGAGUUUUGGUUCAGCAAAUACUACUUGAUGUUGUUUCUGUCUUCAACAUGGUUUCUUCUCUCUCCCAAAAGGAGCAGUCUGUAAAAUUGACUCAAGCAGGAAUUGAGUUUUUUAGGGAGUACUAUCCAACAAAUGAAGAAUUUGUCACCCUUGAAUGUGUGUGGGAAGCGGAUAAGUUUGUAUUGCUUGAGAGGAUCAAGAAAAUCGAGAUGAAAAAUCUAGAUGGGGAUCCCAGAGAAGAUGUUUCUCUGGGAACAUCAACCAUACAAUAUCAAAGUAUUGAGGCUUUACUUGCAGAUGAUGAACUUGGCUCCAAGAAGACAGACAUGCUCCACAGUUCAGAAGAGGGUCCAACUCUGGUCAGUGAGGACAAAUCUCUACUGGUGAAUCCUUCCCUUGAAAGUGAUGAUGGGAAGCGGGUUGAAGAUAGUGUGCAAGUUAGCAAUGGUUCAGAAGUUGAAGGAUCCUCUAUUGAGAAUCUCCUCCCAGAACAAGGCUUGCUUCCCCACACAAGCUCAUUUCCGAGUUCAAAUCCUUUAAAACGUAAAUUUGAUUCAAGCAAUAAAGUGGCUUUUGUCUCCGUGAAGAGACCUACAGUAUCAGCAGCUACCACACCCUUUUUCCCUGUUGAGGAAAUCAAAAGUGACAAUGAAAACAAGGAAGAUCCUUUUUUCAGUCUGCUUACUGGUGGAAACAUAAAGGAUAGCAUCUUCUAAUUACUGAUUAAUUCAUCAAGUAUUAUAUGGCUUUUUGUUCUUUGUUUUUCA